UGAGUGGGUGGCCGGCUCAGUGAGUUCCCCUUGCUUUGUUUACCUCUUGGCGAUCAUCCACAAUACCGGAAGUAUCACCAUCAAUACGCCUCUUUCUCUUCAGUUGCUAUGUAUUGAGUCUACAAACAAAUGAAACUAACAUGUUAUCAAAAUUCUACGCAUUACUGAUGAUUCUAAAUACACAUCUUCGCUCUGUCGUUACUUCGCUCAACGGUGAAAAAAAAUCAGAUUCGUCCCUCACGUUAACAGCGGAUUCGAAUGUGAGAUCUCCAUAUCAGUGCUUGCGUCAGAAAUGGAUGGAUGUGUGGAGAAUCCUAUUGAUCUGGUAAAAGUUCUCCAGCGAAGAUAACAACCUACCGCGUGUUUUAAAAUCCUCCAUCUGUAAUCAACAGGUGUCAACUCUGGUUGCCCGGCGAAAUCUCCAAGAGUCUCUGUGGAAACGUAUUUUUAUUUUUUCAAACGAAUAUUAUGGCAGAAUACGGCAAGUAUUCCAAAAAUUCUCUCUUCAGAGUCGUCUCUUUGAGUGAUGCUAGAAGCAUAGUGUAUUAUAGUAGUAUUGUUCACAAAUCGGUGACGCAUUUAGAUUUGAAUAUUGGCGAGUAUUCCUCUUUUAAAAGAGAGAUUGGAACUUUAAAUCGUCAUUCUGCAAGAGCUUCUCAGAUUUGUGUUCAGACAAAAGAAGGGACGAAAACCCUGACUGAAGAUGGAAAGUUUUUGUGUCCUACCCUCCAUUUCAAAUUAACGUUUACGAAGUCUUUCAGAGCUAUACGCUAUAUUGAUAUAUGUGCCUAUUGCCUCGAACGAAAUAUCCAGAGUCUUCAAGUAGAUAAGCUUUCCGUUCAUAGAAUUUGGUUCGAAAGAUCUCUACAGAGGUUUGUGGUAUUAUUCAUCAAGCAAGCCAAACGGAAGUUGGCUUCUUUAAAGAUGUUCUCACACUUCAGUUGUAUGAGUUCAUUUCUUAUGACCGACAAAUGCUUAAUAUGCUGCUGCUUUAACAUUUUAUGCGUCGAGUAUUAUAAUAUCAAUGCAGUGAAAGGUAUUUUUAUUGCUCUGAAUAUUCCGGAAUUCCAGAAUGAACCUCUCAUAGUGAAUGAAUACCUCAUCUAUCAUAACUGUUUAUCAAAUGGGAACAGGUUACCUGAAACCACCGAUUUCGGACAAUUUUUUAUGGGUUUGUUAAUGGAAUCAGGAUUUUACAGAUUUAUACCACAUCUUUUGAACUGCGGAUUUUCCCGCUUAUUUGAAAUGAAAGAAGGUGAUCCAUUAAUUACCAGAAAAAGGUUGACGGAAAGAAGACGCUUCCUCAUAUAUGAUAUUCAUUUCUUGCAUAUACUGUAUAAAUUAAGAUCCCGGCGCAGGCAAGUUUUCGGCCAUUGGAUCAACCAUUAUGCACUCGAGGCUUUAACUAAGUUGUGGCGUUCCAUCCCUGAUCCUCAUCUGAGUCAAAAAGAAAUUACAUUUGUUUUCAAAAGAAACCUUUUUGCUGUCACAGCCGAAGAAUUUCUUGAUGGGUAUGAGAGAAUAAUUGAUGACGUUCCUCCUGAACCUACACCAAGAUCUUUGAAGCAUAACUGCCGUAUAGUCAUUCGGAAAGCCAUGACUCUCAAUGUGCAGUUGCCACACGGAAUAAGCCAGUUGGGCCUACCUGCAAUUCUGGCAUCAUAUCUAAAGCUGGAAAGCUAAGCAUACUUGUACAUUCGUUGAGCAAAGA